AUGACAACAGAGUUGGCUCAUAAUAUUCUCGAAGAAGCUUUUGAGGACAAACCUAAGCACAAAGAAAAGCUAGCUGAAUCUGAUAGAAAGUCUAGAGAUUCACAUAGGAAACGUGAUCGAUCACGUUCUCGUAUUCGAACAGGUUCUGGUUCAAGGAGUGGAUCUGCAGAUGAUGAUAAAGAUAGAAGACAUAAACGUGAUAAAGAAAAAUCUAAGCGUUACAGGAGUAGGUCUAGAUCGAAAGAUAGAAAACAUAAGUCAUCACGUAAUCGUUCACGAUCACGCGAACAUAGAAGACAUAGUCGUACACGAUCUACAUCAAAAGACUACGACCGUAAUUAUCGUAGACGUGACAAGGAUGAUUAUGUGAAAGACAGAAGACGCGACCAGGUGAAAAGAAAUAAAAGAAGUCCUCCUGUGAGAGAGAGGAGAGAUGUAAUGCCAUAUAAGCCAAGACCUGCACCACCAGAUGUAAAUCCAAAUUUAACUCCAGAAGAAAGAGAAGAAAGAACAAUUUUUAUUUUACAAUUAUCUAAAAGUACUAGACCACGUGAUUUGGAGGAAUUUUUUUCCGCUGUUGGUCCAGUAAGAGAUGUUCGUAUUAUCCAGGAUGCAAAAACAAUGAGGUCGAAGGGAAUUGCGUAUGUUGAGUUUUGGAAAAGAGAAACUGUAGCAUUAGCUUUAGGUCUUAAUCAAGAGCGUCUUCAUGGAUGCCCAUUGGUAAUUCAACGUUCAUUAGCGGAGAAGAAUCGUGUCAACAGUGGAACUGUUGCUAGCAGUAUUGGAUUUGGAACUACUGAAAGUGGAAAGGGUCCAGUUACACUGCACGUUAGUAAUCUUCAUUCAGCUUUGAAAAACAGUCAGUUGCAGCAAGUGUUUGGGAGUUAUGGAAAAAUUCAAAAGGUUGAGUUAUUUUCAAAUCCUGAUCCAAAUAUAGGUCAAGUUGGUUUGGUAACUUUUGCUGAAGCUGAACAUGCACGUAAAGCUUUAGCUGAUUUACACAAUUUUCUUAUUGUAGAGAGACAAAUAAAGGUCGUUGUUUUUGAUCCAAAAACAAUGGAAAGACCUGUUGCAAAUGCAGGAUCUACUAGUAGUACUCCUAAUUAUUUAGUUGAAGGGCAGUCUACCGGACAGACAUCUGUAAAUCAGGCAGUAUCAUCUGUAAGACAUGAACCUUAUCAAUGUUUUCUUUUAGUUAAUAUGUUUGAUGCUUCCAAAGAGGAAGGUGAUGAUUGGGAUAAAGAGAUUCGUCUUGAUGUUAUUGAUGCAAUGUAUGGAUAUGGAGGCGCUGUCCAUGUUCACGUUGAAAAAAAUUCUCAGAAUGGAGAGGUAUAUGUUAAGGCAAUUAAUCCAGAGGUAGCAACCAAAGCUGUAAACGCUUUGCACGGUAGGCUUUUUGAAGGUAGAACAGUACAAGCAUCGUAUACUUUACUAGAGGCUUACCAUGAACUAUUUCCUGAAUCAAUUUAUGCUACUGAAAUUUUAAAAGCAGAUUAA